AUGGGGAACCGUACUAAGGCUGAGCUGCGAACACGGACUGGGUGCCGGAAGUGUCGAGAACGGCGAGUUAAAUGCCCGGAGGAGCGCCCCGUGUGCAGACAUUGUAAACGAUUAGGCUUCACUUGUCGAUAUGAAAUCAAGCUGAGCUGGCAGGACGUUGUUCUGCUUGAGCAUCGCGAGAAUGUGCCGCGAAGCUUACCACAAGACCUCAUAGUCUCUAUCCAGAGCUGGAUGUUUCUCAACACCAUUCAGGCAGACUAUAAUCCGGAUAGUCUUCAAAUUAACUCCGAGGACUACCAAGAAUGCCCUCCGACUGAACAUAGCGAUUAUCAGGUACCUGAUAAUCUCACGCCCUAUCGAUAUAUCUCCCCUUUUCAACUGGGGGGAGCCGAGGGCUAUCUAUGGAGUUAUUUCAACGAGUACAUGACUACUCAAAUCGUCAUAGACCCUGGAUUCAAUCCUUAUAGGGACAUCGUGUUGAAGAUGGCUGCUUUCUCUAAGGAGGGUCCUCUAUUCCAAUGCAUUCUAGCGGCAUCCGCAAACCAACUUCAAAGUAUUGGCCGAAACGAAUAUAAGCAAGCUAUGUGGUUUCAUAGAGCUAAGGCAUUACGUCUCUUAAGAACAGAACUCGCCCAUCUAUCAUCGGGAGAAUCAACCGGAGGAGUUGGUGGGGCUUCGAAAGAUCAGAUUAUUGCCUCAACUAUCAUGCUGACAUUCUUUGAGAUAUCAAAGGAUUGCUCAAACUCGUGGACUGUACAUGCCGACUUUUCCCGGACUUUUCUGGCCUCCCGCCUGAAAGAUCUAGGCACUCUGACUGCAGAACAAGAAGCCCUCUUAUAUUUUGCAGUGACCUACUUUGUCUCGCACGAUAUCCUAGCUGCGACCGGAGGUACACUCAUGGAAGCUGCCGAGAUGGUUACUGAAAUGUGUAAAGCAGUCGAUAAAUCGACAAUUUUGGCCCUUACUGGAUGUCCAAGAGAUUUACUGAUCUUAAUAUCCGAAAUAAACCAGAUUAGCUCGGUAAUAGAACAAUCGGGCCAAAGAGAGCUUUCACCUAUGAUACAACAACGUCGAAAUCAGGUCGAAAGGUUUCUCCACCAACUACACCGAAAUGUCCCAGAGGAAUUCGCAUCAUUAAAAUCCGAGUUUUCCGUCAUCGCCGAGGUCAAAAGACUUGCAGCAAUCCUAUAUCUAUAUUCGCGCGUAGAUAAUGCUUCGCCAUACGAGCCAAAAAUGAUUCGAGUAACAUCUCAAAUCCUAUCGCUUAUUCCCAAAAUAUCUCUUCGGACCCACACGGGUCUUUGGCCCCUAUUUAUCGUAGCAACACUAGGCGUCCGGGAAUCCGACGAAGACAGGAAACUCAUCCUAAGUCGACUUGCUGCGCUCCAGCAGACAAGGCAAUUAGCAAGUGUCAAAAAAGCUAGGUUAAUCAUUGAAGAUGUAUGGAAGUCACGAGACCUUUGGCCUGACAAGUCGCGAGGAUGGAGCAUAUUACAAGGGAGAAGACACGGUGCUAUCAGCCUAGCAUAA